UAUCGACGGAAAGGGAGGGAAAGCGGAUGAUGAGGGUGGCUAGGGGCUAACUCUGGCUAUGAUGAUGAAAAAUGCUAACACAGAGGACACAAAGGGGAGGAUAUUAAUGAGGAAGACGGGUUUGUCAACAACAGUGUGAAAACGGCGGAUGACUCAGUGGAAACAUUCAAGGCUGUAUCAAUAAUCAACAGUGCCAAACAAUGACGAACACCGCCAUCAUGCUGAUCCUCUUGGCUGCCAUCUUUGCCGUCCACAUUAUUGGCAUCAUCCUUCUCCUUGUGGCCACCAUCGACAAUGCCUGGUGGAUGACCGACACCAUAUCCACUGAUGUCUGGGGUCGAUGGGUACAGAUCAAUGGAGUGUGGAACUUCACUGACCUGCCCACGGGAUCCCAUUACCCAGAAGAUUACCUCCAAGCAGUGCAGGCCAGCUCAAUCCUCGCAUGUAUAUUCUCCAUCCUCGGCAUCUUCGUCUUCGUCGCUCAGCUCUUCACCCUCGAGAAAGGGAAGAGGUUCACCAUCUCUGGCAUCUUCCAGUUCCUGGCCUGCCUGUGCAUCAUGAUCGCAGCCUCCAUCUACACAGACCGCUUCCACCUGGACGAGGACAAUGGCUGGUACGGUCACUGCUUCAUCCUGGCGUGGAUCUCCUUUGCCCUCACGUUCAUCUCCUCCAUCACUUACUUUGUGUUACGGAAGAAAACCGCAUAAAAACGGGACUCUAGAUUCACCUCCAACCGGCCUUAAAACCUUUAGCUGGAUCUACUCUUUCAGCUUAGUCACAGAUGGUUCGUUUUUGUCAUCAGAUUUAAGCUGUGAGCGUAUUUUCAGCUGCACAUAGGAGACCUGUUACCAAAUACAAACUUGAGUUUGAUCGAGUCUGCUUAGUCUGCAGGCUCGAUCAAACACGACGUGCAUUUGAGUUUAUUUUCAACCCUGAGUUUGGGCAGGAAUUACUGAGAGCAUCUCAGGAUUAAGAAUAGUCUAGUUCUGUUUUUAAGAUGCUUUUAAAGCUCUCAGUAAUUCUGCUUUAGAGAAAACAGGUUGGAAAGUAAAAUCUGUGGUCUUUUUUUUCUGUUACGCACAUUUAUAUUAGGAUGAGUGUUGGAUAAAAAGGGGCGAGUUUAUGAUUUUAGUUUUUUGUUUUGUCGUAUUUUAAUGUUAGUUCAUUAUUGUUUCUUAUAUAUAUCUGCUCUGGAUCAUGUUAAAAAAGUGCCACUAACUCCUAAAAGUCUUAGAAUAUGACCUGAUAUGAUGUCCUUUGUUGAUAAACCUAUGCAGUUGUAUCUGUGUACAUCAACUAUAUAAUGUUGUUUUUUGUUUGUUUUUUAUAAUUUACGAUCAGAAGAGACAAUAAGUGUAUAAAUUGAAUACUUUUCGAUGCUGUUAUGGCUUUAUAAAACCUACUAUUGUAAAGCAUUUUUGGACAAAAGUUUUGAGGCCAUAUUCACAAAAAAUUCUUCCUAUUUGGAGACAGCCCAACCCAAAAAAGCAGCUUUAUAUAAAUCGAAUAAUCCAUUAUCAUGUCUUCAUUCAUGAGCAUAACUCUUUAAUAAAACAGCCUUUUAAAAGCUUCAGUCUUUAAUAAAUCAGCUGUUUCCACUCCGUGUGACAGAAAGGCGUCUAAUGCCUCGACUUAAGCGUGAGAUUUAAACUGUAAAUAUGUUUUAUUUCCCAUAAUGCUCUUUGUGCCUGAUGCUGUUGUAUUUUUGCUACCAUUAUUUCUCAUUAUCAACAGUGACAAUGAUUUUUACAAUAAUAAAACUUGAUUUUCAACCAUU